UCCCACGGACAGAGGGGGUGAGCAGCCAGUGAUCCACCAGCAUCAUGGCUUCCACAUUGGAUAUGAAGUGUUUUUAGCACACCCUAGAAGAAAAUAGCCAUUCAUUGUUGAAAAUCUGAGCCCAUUCUAGUCUCAUAUUGGGACUGAGGGUCCGUGCCGCCCUCUUCUCUCCCUCGACCGCCUCUAGAAGGAGGAUCUUCAGUGUUUUUAUUGUGAGUUUUCAUCCAUAAAUCGUGGAAGAUGGCCGACGUACCGGCGGAGUGCACCAUCAAAGUGAUGUGCCGUUUCAGGCCCUUGAAUAGUUCAGAAGUGACCAGAGGGGACAAAUACAUACCUAAGUUUCAAGGGGAAGACCAUGUGGUCGUCGGGAGCAAACCGUUCCAGUUUGACAGAGUGUUCCAGCCUAAUACGACACAGGAGCAAGUAUACAACGCCUGCGCCCAGAAGAUUGUCAAAGAUGUUCUGGAGGGGUACAACGGGACAAUAUUUGCAUAUGGACAGACGUCAUCCGGCAAAACCCACACGAUGGAGGGUAACCUUCAUGACACAGACGGGAUGGGGAUCAUCCCCAGGAUAGUACAGGACAUCUUCAACUACAUCUACUCUAUGGACGAGAACCUGGAGUUCCACAUCAAGGUUUCAUAUUAUGAAAUUUACUUGGACAAGAUUCGGGACCUCUUGGAUAUGUCAAAGACCAACCUGUCAGUGCAUGAAGACAAAAACAGAGUUCCCUAUGUCAAGGGAUGCACUGAGAGAUUUGUCUGCAGCCCAGAGGAAGUCAUGGACACCAUUGAUGAAGGCAAAUCUAACAGACAUGUAGCAGUUACAAACAUGAAUGAGCACAGCUCCAGAAGUCACAGUAUCUUCCAGAUCAACGUGAAGCAGGAGAACACUGCUACAGAGCAGAAACUGAGCGGAAAGCUCUACCUCGUCGACCUGGCUGGAAGUGAAAAGGUCAGUAAGACUGGGGCGGAGGGAGCCGUGCUGGACGAGGCCAAGAACAUCAAUAAGUCCCUGUCUUCUCUGGGCAACGUCAUCUCAGCCCUGGCAGAAGGCUCUGGUUAUAUCCCGUACAGAGACAGUAAAAUGACCAGAAUCCUUCAGGACUCUCUGGGGGGGAACUGUAGGACCACCAUUGUUAUCUGUGCCUCUCCCUCUGCCUACAACGAGUCAGAGACCAAGUCCACCCUCAUGUUUGGACAGAGAGCGAAGACCAUUAAGAACACCGUGUGUGUGAACGUGGAGCUGACGGCAGAACAGUGGAAGAAGAAGUACGAGAGGGAGAAGGAGAAGGGCAAGGCCUUGAGGAACACCAUCACCUGGCUGGAGAAUGAGCUCAAUCGCUGGAGGAACGGUGAGAGUGUGCCGGUGGACGAGCAGUUUGACAAGGAGAAGGCCCAGGCUGAGGUGCUGGCCCUGGACAAUGUGCCCAACGACAAGCCUGCCUCUACCCCCAACAUGCCCCAGCUCCGUCUGACUGACGCAGAGAAGGACAAGUGUGAGGGGGAGCUGGCCAAGCUUUACAAGCAGCUGGAUGAUAAGGAUGAUGAGAUAAACCAGCAGAGCCAGCUGGCUGAGAAGCUCAAGCAGCAGAUGUUGGACCAGGAGGAGCUGCUGGUGUCAUCGCGACGCGACCAUGACAACCUGCAGUCAGAGCUGAACCGCCUGCAGGCUGAGAACGAGGCUUCCAAGGAUGAGGUGAAGGAGGUGCUGCAGGCCCUGGAGGAGCUGGCUGUUAACUACGACCAGAAGAGUCAGGAGGUGGAGCAGAAGACCACGGACUUUGAGAUGCUCAGCGAAGAGCUCAACCAGAAAUCAAACGUCCUGACUUCCAUUGACUCUGAGCUGCAGAAAGUGAAGGAGAUGACCAACCACCAGAAGAAGAGGACCAGUGAGAUGAUGUCAUCACUACUCAAAGACCUGGCAGAGAUUGGCAUCGCCGUGGGCAGCAACGACAUCAAGCAACACGAGGGCAGUGGUCUGAUAGACGAGGAGUUCACGGUGGCUCGUCUGUACAUCAGUAAGAUGAAGUCGGAGGUGAAGACCAUGGUGAAACGCUGUAGACAGCUGGAGAGCACCCAGUCAGAGAGCAACCAGAAGAUGGACGAGAACGACCAGGAGCUGGCCGCCUGUCAGCUGAGGAUACAACAGCACGAGGCUAAGAUCAAGUCUCUGACAGAGUACCUUCAGAACGUGGAGCAGAAGAAGAGACAGCUGGAGGAGAACGUUGACUCUCUGAAUGAGGAACUGGUCAAGAUCAGUGCCCAGGAGAAAGUCACAGCCAUGGAGAAGGAGAACGAAAUCCAAUCUGCUAAUGAGGUCAAGGAGGCUGUGGAGCAGCAGAUCGCUGGUCACCGUGAGGCCCAUCAGAAACAGAUCAGCAGCCUGAGAGAUGAACUGGACAGGAAGGAACACCUCAUGACUGAACUGCAGGAUCUGAACCAGAAGAUCAUGCUGGAACAGGAGCGCCUCAGGGUGGAACACGACAAACUCAAGUCCACUGACCAGGAGAAGAGCCGGAAGCUGCACGAGCUCACGGUGAUGCAGGACAGGAGAGAGCAGGCCAGACAGGACCUGAAGGGACUAGAGGAGACUGUGGCCAAGGAGCUCCAGACCCUGCACAACCUGAGGAAGCUGUUUGUCCAGGACCUGGCUACCCGAGUGAAGAAGAGUGCUGAGAUGGACUCUGAUGACACAGGAGGCAGCGCAGCUCAGAAACAGAAGAUCUCCUUUCUGGAGAACAACCUGGAGCAGCUUACCAAGGUUCACAAACAGCUGGUGCGUGAUAAUGCAGACCUGCGCUGUGAGCUUCCUAAACUGGAGAAGCGUCUGCGUGCUACGGCGGAGCGGGUCAAGGCCCUGGAGUCGGCGCUGAAGGAGGCCAAAGAGAACGCCGCACGCGACCGCAAACGCUACCAGCAGGAGGUGGACCGCAUCAAAGAGGCCGUCAGGGCCAAGAACAUGGCCAGGAGGGGCCACUCCGCUCAGAUCGCCAAACCCAUUCGUCCUGGCCAGCCCCCAGUGGCAUCCCCCACCCACCCCAAUGUGAACCGCAGCGGAGGGGGUUUCUAUCAGAACAGCCAGACCGUGGCCAUCAGGGGAGGAGGAGGCGUGAAGCCAGACCAGAACAGCUGAGGACAGGAUGGGGCGUGACCACAGAAGAAGCAGAAGGAUAUCACCCUGACAACCUGUCAUCCCAUUACAGCCAUUGGCUCCUUGCAGGGUAUAUAUUAGAGUGAGGGAGGAGUUUUAAUAUAAAUAUAUAAAUAUUCAUUGCCUGUACAGAUCCACCUACCCUCAUGUUUCUUCUCUCUGAAACAAACAUGAACAACAACUACAGAAAUGAAUUGAAUAUACAAAACAACACGACAUCCACCAACCACAGAGUCUUGGUGUUAUGAACGACAUGUGACUUGAAUGUGUAGCUUUGUUUCGUUGCACAGUUUGUUGUCAUCUGUGUCUUAAGGUUUAGUCUGCACUGUGCCAAGUACUGUAGCCAGGAUUUCAGAAGAGGUGAGAGGAAAACAUGAAAAGCGACUGGGGGAAAAGAAAGAAAAAAAAAAAAAGAUGAUUUGAUAACACAGAUGUUAUUUCACUAAUCUCUUGUACAACACAUUUCCUUAUUGUCCUCCUGGUUGUACAACACUUCUUUCUCUGAAUAGAUUUUACAAGCUUCUUUAAAGGUCCGAAUAGAUGGCCAUCGAGCACUACUGUCCUGUUGUACAGGUGUAACAUGGCACUGCUUCCUGACGAGGUGUUUGGAUUUGAAAUGCCAAGAGGUGGGACGACAGUGUGGAUCUAUUUCAUGACAGAAAACCUGUGGUGGCCAUUGUUUUUUAGAGUAAGGGAAACAAAGCGACAGGCGGGUGAGGUUGCUACAUGAAACGGAUGUGAGAAGGAAAGAGGAGUCCGAUCAGGAGCGCGCUGUCAUGUCUGCGUCCCAAACGACACCCUUUCCCUGAUAUAGUGCACUUCUUUUCAACAGGACCAAUAGGGCUCUGGUUAAAAGUAGUGCACUAUAUAAGGAAUAUGGUUAUAUUUGGGACACUACCUAUACCUUACCACAACCUAUUUAGUCAAUUUUAAUGUGCUGUUUUUAUCGGUUUUAAAUGCGGGGUUGUUAUUUAUCUAUCUGCACAUAGGAGCACAUGCAUAGACUACUGGUCCACUGAGAUAGAUGGCCCACACAUGCUUGUCCUGUCCUAGCUAGGUCUUCUGAUCAAUUCAUCACCUUUGCCCUGACCUCCUCUCUAAACAAACCAAGGAUAUUGGCUGGUUGCUGUUUUUCAUUUUCUGUUUCUAGUAUCUUAUUGUUAUCAAGGGGCUCACAUGUGGUGCCCUCCCUGUCAUGUGAAGUGGAUUAAACAAAGUUAAUCAA